GGAACUUUCUCCAACUGCCUCCCCAACAGCCAACAGUCCUGUGAGUCUCCUGGAAACAUUCUCUGAGACUUUGAGGCCCCAUUAGAGCAAACAUUGUGAGGGCACCCAGGACAGACUUCAGACCUCUGCCAGCUUCAAAACAGAUCGAAAUCCCCUAAGUGAGGGUGGAGGCAAUCUAGUAGCUAAUGCCCUUGGACCAGUUGCCUGGGAACACGCCAAUGAAGCUGGGCGCAGCAGCCUUGUGCCUGUGCCUCCUUGCCGCGGCAGUAUGGCUGGGCCUCUCAAUGACAACAUCGGAGUCCUCUGGAGGAGGUGGAGGAGGGCCUGGAGGAGGAAAAAAAUGUGCCCCUACACCCUUGCCGAGAGCAGACGUCUCACUGUGCCGGAACCUUGAAGUUUCCUACCCAGAGUUGGGGAACAUCAGCUGCCAAGUUGUUCCCAGGUGCAACAUGUACAGACAGAAGAUCACCAACUGGCCCCAGCCGAAAGUCAAGUAUCCCGCCGCCUUGGCUGGUUCAUACUACGUGCUGGUGAUGGUGGAUCCAGAUGCCCCCAGCAGGGCAGACCCCCAGAUGAGAUACUGGAGACACUGGCUGGUGGCCAACAUCCAAGGCGCUGACCUAAAAACUGGGACUAUUCGGGGCAGUGUAAUAACAGACUACGGGCCUCCAACCCCCCCACCGACCACUGGCUUACACCGCUACCAGUUCUUCGUCUUUCUUCAGGGAACUUCAACCAUCCCUGCCCCCCCCAAACAGAAUGGAGAUCGAGGUGCUUGGGAAAUGGACGAUUUUCUGCGGAACUACCGGCUGCCACAGGCUGUAACAAGCACCCAGUUCAUGACUGAGUAUGAAUGAACGAGGCCAAAGGCAAAUUUAGUGAAAGAUAACUGUUCACUAAGCUACAAACUGUACCUUCCAGGUGUGUGCCCAUGUCAUGUAAUCCACUACAGAUGGUCUGGGGUCAGAAUCUCCUCUUGGUAUCUUCCAAAUUAAAAAAAAAAAA